UAUAAACCUAACACAAAUCGAGGUUAACGCGUUUGGAUUUAUUCUAUUGGCUUAUUUAUUUAUAAUUUUUUUUUUUAUAAUUUGAUAGUAAACAAGUAGUUGUAAGUGGGAGAAAAUGAAUGUACUUUGAGUAGUGUAUUCUCCUGGUUAAACAGUCACAGUUUUAUAUUCCAAAGUAAUACAAUAAAAAUAAAAAUAAUAUUAGAAUUAAAAAUAAAAAAGUGUUCCAAGUUACACGAGGAUUCAAUUUGGGUUCUUGGUGAGAUAAAAUAUAUAAACAAACAAAUAAAAUGAUCCACGAGCAAGAAAUAACUAGAGAAGAAAUUUUAUUUGAACCAUCAGAACGAUGGCGAAUAUUGAAAAAUCUGUUGUUAAUAAGUUUUGCAUUUAUGAUUCAUUUUACGGCUUUUAUGGGAAUGAGUAAUCUUCAAAGUUCGAUUAAUCAAAAUCAAUCAUUAGGAACAUCUAGUCUUGCGGUCAUCUAUGGAAGUCUUAUUAUCAGUAAUAUUUUUUUACCAACAUUGAUUAUUAGAUGGUUGGGUUGUAAAUGGACAAUAUCUUUAGCAUUCAUAGCUUAUAUGCCAUUUAUUGGUGCUCAAUUUUUUCCAACAUUUUGGUCAAUGAUACCAGCUAGUUUUGCUGUUGGUUUUGGUGGUGGACCAUUAUGGUGUGCAAAAUGUACAUAUUUAACAAUAAUGUCAGAAGCGUAUGGAAAAAUUUCAAAUAUUCCAACGGAUUAUUUAGUCACACGUUUUUUUGGUUUAUUUUUUAUGUUUUAUCAAAUGGCUCAAGUUCUUGGAAACUACAUUUCUUCAUCAGUACUUUCAUAUGGAACAAUUGAGCAAAGCACAAAUACAACAAAUCAAACAGCUGUCAUUGAAUUUUGUGGAUCACGAUUUUGUCAUAUGGUAGAAAAAGAAAAUCCUUUAUUACAACGUCCUUCCGAUGAAAGAAUAUAUUUUAUUUCAGCAAUAUAUCUUGGCUGUAUGGUAAUGGCAUCUUUAACAGUAGCAUUUGGAGUUGAUUCUUCAACAAGAUAUGAAACUGCCAGAACUAAAACAACAACUAAAACAACUGGACUGAAAUUAUUGCUAGUCACUCUCAAAUUAUGGAAAGAAAAACGUCAACUAUUAUUAUUGCCAAUAACAAUAUUCAUUGGUGCUGAACAAGCUUUUUUAUUUGCAGAUUAUAAUGCCUCUUUUAUAUCAUGUACCUGGGGAAUCAAUCACAUUGGCUACUUUAUGAUGUGUUUUGGUUUUGUAAAUGCAAUUGGAGCACUUCUCGCUGGAUCUGCAAUGGAAUUAUUUGGACGUAUACCAGUUAUAAUACUUGCAUUUGUAUUACAUUUGGCAAUUUUAAUAACACUCUUACUUUGGGUACCGUCCUUAGAACACUAUACAUUAUUUUUAGUUCUUUCUGGAUUAUGGGGAAUAUGUGAUGCAAUUUGGCUAGUUCAAGUUAAUGCAUUGAGUGGAUUACUUUUUCCGGGAAUGGAAGAAGCAGCUUAUUCGAAUUUUAAAUUAUGGGAAGCAACUGGCUCUGUCAUCACAUAUGCAUACAGUCCAUAUUUAUGUACAGAUACAAAAUUAUUUGUAUUGAUAGGAAUUCUUGUGAUUGGCGUCGUGUGUUAUCUUAUAAUUGAGUUUAUCACUAAUCAGACUAAAAAAAUACAAUUACAUGAUGAUAAAACUAAUUUUGAACUUGAUAAUAAUGAAGAUAAUUCAAAUGACAAAUAUUCUAAAAAUGACUCAUAAAAUUUCAUCGAAAAAUUUACAAAUUUAGUUAUAUUUUAAAAAGAAAAUUUAAUUUUAAUUUGUAUUUUUAUUUAACAGUGUUAAUAAUGUUAUUAUAAUUUUUUUAAAUUAAAAUUUAAUUGUAAUUUUAAGUAGAUAUAUAUUUUUUUAGUUGAAAAAUAAAUAUACCAUAUAAAAAAAUAUUUUUAUCUAUUCAGACUUAACAGUGGCGUAACAUGAAUGUUGUUUUAUAAAUUCCAAUGGAAAUUAUUUUUAUGAAUUUAAUCGUGUUUAAUUUUUCAACAAGUAAAUAUAAAAAAAAAAAAAAGGUUAAUUUAUUAUGUAAUAUUCUUGAGCAUGAAUAAAGUUUUUAAAUAAUUUUAUA